AUGGUCGAGACCGAGCGCCGGCGCAGAAGGCCGCCUUUGUCAUGUAUUCAAUGUAGAAAGCGGAAGAUCAAGUGUAACCGAGAACCUACAUGCAGCAAUUGCAUGCGAUCAAAAAACUCAACUUGCGUAUAUGAGAACGACCCGUCACAGCCUUCAAAACAAAAUGCUGGUUGUGAUCAAACUUCAGACUCCGGCCUGAGCAAGAGAGCCCAAGAAAAAAAUGAUUUUUCAGUGUUCUCAAAUAAUUAUUCCAGCACAAGCCGACCGUCAACGAUUGUAACCCAUGCGCCAAGCUCGCUACUAGCUCCCUCAUCAGUCCCGACGCCGCCCAGUCAGAUAUCUGCUCAGGAUGUUGAGUUCAUGCAAAAUCGAAUAAAAAAACUUGAAGAUAAACUAUCCAAAAUUUCACCAGCAUCUUCCGGUCCAUCAUCUGUCUCCCCGCUUGUGCCCACCCCAAAUUCAACAAUAGACACAGUUACAUCUUGUAUCGGCGGAGUUUUUCACUUCCAUCACGAAACCCAUUUACAGGGUCAAGCUCCAGUACUAAACCAUAGUGUUAUGCACAAGUCCCGUUGGUUUGGCCAAAGUCAUUGGAUAACCGGAUUGUUCGAGCUCGUGAAUUUGUUCAAUAUUUUCGAUUCGCUUGUACGAGACGAAUCAUCUGAUAUUAUGAUUGGUCUGCAAAAAUGUAAGUACUUAGGGAGGGCAAUCAAAAAGCAACGAGAACCUUCCUGGCCUUGUUCGGCAACGUCGGAAUUACCUCCAAAACAUGUCACGGAUGAGCUAGUUGACUGUUACCUUCGCACAUUGGAAACCACUUAUCGAAUAUUUCAUAUUCCAAGUUUUAAAAGAGAUUACGAGGCAGUUUGGAUGUCAGAUAAACCCGAUACUGCGUUUCUGGUCCAAUUGAAACUGGUGCUUGCCAUUGGAGCCACUGUUUACGAUGACCAAUACUCCAUGCGUACCUCUGCUAUUCGAUGGAUAUACGAAGCUCAAAGCUGGAUCUCGGAACCAGAAUUUAAACCGCGACUCACUAUUCAAAACCUGCAAACUAAUAUCCUUCUUUUGGUUGCCCGUGAAGUAGCCAAUAUUGGACAAGGUCUGGUUUGGGUAUCGGUGGGCGAACUCCUGAGAAAAGCAAUGCUUAUGGGGCUGCAUCGUGACCCAUCACUCCUACCAAGGAAGCCUCAUCAUGUGUUCGUUUCCGAAAUGAGGCGGAGACUAUGGAAUACUAUUUUAGAGAUGAGUCUUCAUUCAAGUCUAAGUUCUGGCGGCCCUCCACUCAUUUCUUGCGAAGAUUUCGAUACGGAGUCGCCAGGUAACUUUGAUGAUGAACAUCUCAUGGCCGAAGAUCCACAGCCAGCAAAUGGAUUUACCCAAAUAUCGAUUGCAAUCUCUCUUCGCAAAACAUUCCCUGUGCGCCUUGCCAUCGUCAAAUUUUUAAAUAGUCUUGGCUCGCAUGGCACGUAUGAGGAUGCUCUUCGCCUUGACUCAGAGCUGAGGGAAUCAUAUAAGACCAUGUGUCAGAGCCUUCAAGGUUACGACCUAAGGUUUGGAUCUUCGUCAUCCCAGUUCUCAAUCCGGCAAAUGGAUUGUCUUAUUCAUCGCUAUCUUUUGGCUAUUCACUCUCCUUAUCUCCGGGAUGCGUUUCAUGAGAACAAAAUAUUUUACGCGUUUUCUAGGAAGGUUUCAAUUGAAUCUUCGCUCAAAAUGUGGUAUGCAAUCUAUCCUCCAUCCACCACAAUCUUUAUGGACGGCCAAUCUUGCGACGAUGCAUCACCGCCAUAUCUAGACGAUAUGAUGCGAAUUGCAACGUGUGGCUCUGGAUUCUUUCGCAUCGGCGCUGCUCAUGCUGCCUUCAUCAUUGGGACAGAAAUUCUCAGUCAACUUGAGGAUGAUGAAAGUUUCGGCUUUGGCUCCAUCGCCUUGCGUCCAGACUUUCUCGGGAUAUUGGAUCACGCGCAAAAGUGGAGUUUGCAGUGUUUGAAGAUUGGGGAGACUAACAUGAAAGGAUACUUGUUUUUGCAUAUACUUGGCGAGCGCGUUAACGGACUUAUGCGACGCCUUCCUGCGGAGGAAUUUCCGAGACUUUUGCUCAAAUCAGGAGAGGAAGCUGUAAAGAUAGCGCUGGCGAUCCUUGAAGAUAAUGCAAGUCAAUGUCGGGUCGAAAAUAGUAUGGGCGAGAUCAGUGGCACGCCGAUAAACAUACAGUCUACUAUUGGGGAAGAUUUGAAUUUUAUGAUGCCAGAUGACGAUUUCAGUUUUGGAAAUACAGACCCGAUGACCUGGAUUUAUCAAGAUGAUAAUAUGCAGGAACCUUUGCUUUGGUGA